AUGCUUGCCAUAUCUAUGGCUCCGCCUAUGCCACAUCUUCUAUCUCGCCUCGACCCGGCUCAUCCAUUAUCGAUGUUUCCGACAGAGGAUGUCGGGCCUCACCAUCUUCCCUCGCCGGGUAAAAGGCCGAAACUGUCACUAAGGACUUCUGAUCUCGCUCCUUCAUUUCAUAGCUCGACCAGUCGUCAAAAUGGCAUCACUACUGGCGCUACUGCAACGCCGACGACGUUAAACACAUUCAACAAUACAUUCGAUCUUGCCUACAGGCCAUCGCCAGUGACAACUCUACCAUCACCUGGACCCCAUUCGCAAGCGAAAGGGAGCGCACAUCCGACCUCACCAAUUGGGAAAUUUUCUGAACACCCUUAUAUCCUGAAUCUGCCCUUUGGCGUCCAUUCAAUACUGAAGAAUAGUCCACUUCCGCGGGAUAUUCGCCGGCCUUCCGUCAGCGCAAGCCCCCGAGUGGCCGGCCGGCGAGUGUUUUUUCCAGCACCCAAAAAGGUAGCUUUUCGGCCAGAAUUGGAGGAAGAAGUCGUCACAAAGAAUUACAUCAUGCGCCACGCAGACCUGAGUUCAUCCGAUGAGGAAUCCCUUCCUUCCGAGAGUGAGGAGCAAAGUGGAACUUCCACCGACGAGGACAGAGAUGACAGCGACAAUGUCCGAAAAAUCCGCGUGGAUGAAGUCUCGCCGCAUAAGAAAAGGAAGCGGAGGUCUAUCGCAGUGUCUCCUUCGUCUUCGUCUGGACUGGAACAAGCAAGAAUAGAAAGGCCACAAAGCGGGUCAACCACAAGGUCAAAGAGGAAGCGAAGGAGAUGGGAAUGGACAUUAGACUCAUCGAUAUCCAACCCAGCCAAGGCGGAGGGGGUCUCUGAAGAAGUUAGAGAAGAUCCUAGGCCUCCAAUGGAAGAGCCGGGGAGCUCACCAGAUGCCGACCGACGUGGCCCAGGAUAG